GUUUGGAAGUUAGAUCUUCUGUAUCUUCGACCAAAUGAAGUUCUUCAUCUGGCUUUUACUUAUAUUUACCUGUAAUGGGUUUAAACAUACGGAGGAUAAUAUAAUAACCGAACUGUGCUUCAAGCCUUCGACUGGUCCACCUUGCCAGAAACUUAAAUCAUUUUACUGGGCAAAGGAAAAUAAAACCUGUGUGCUAACCACUUAUUUAUUGGAGCCUUGUGGUUUCUUUCAAAAAUUAGAAACGUGCAAGGCCAUAUGCUCCAAGGAAUCAUGGACAUUAUCUGAUUUAGAAAGAUAUGUUGGCAAGUUGCCCUAAAGUGAAUAUUCCUAUUGCAAGAUAUAAAGUUAAGGAAAAUAAAUAAGAUACGAUGUUAUGAGAGUA